UGUCCCUCUCCUCCCGUCUCUGUCAGCUCAGCUCAGUCAGUAGUUUGGCAGGCUAGCACGGAGAGACGAGGGCUGCUCCCUUUCGCCUCUGCUCGGUCUGCUCAGCACACCAACACCAUACAUUCCGCACCAUGGCUGCCACGGACGUUGACGUAUUUUCGAACGAAGAGAAGCGUAACCUGAGCUUGGGCGGCCAUGUUGGAUUUGACAGCCUCCCUGACCAACUGGUCAGUAAAUCGGUUACACAGGGAUUUUGUUUUAACAUUCUGUGUGUAGGGGAGACUGGUAUUGGCAAGUCAACGUUAAUGAACACACUUUUCAACACCAUGUUUGAGAACGAAGAGGCGAGCCAUUAUCAGAACGGCGUGUAUCUGCGGCCGCGAACUUACGACCUGCAAGAAAGCAACGUCCACCUCAAACUGACGAUUGUUGAUACUGUUGGCUUCGGUGAUCAGAUCAACAAAGAGGAUAGUUACAAGCCCAUUGUUGACUACAUCGACACUCAGUUCGAAAACUAUCUCCAGGAAGAGCUGAAGAUCAAACGCUCACUGUUUAACUACCAUGACACCAGGAUCCACAUCUGCCUUUAUUUCAUCGCCCCUACAGGACACUCCCUCAAGUCUCUGGACCUUGUCACUAUGAAAAAACUGGACAGCAAGGUCAACAUCAUUCCCAUCAUUGCCAAAGCAGACACAAUCUCCAAGAGUGAGCUCCAUAAGUUCAAAAUAAAGAUUAUGAGUGAGCUGGUGAGCAAUGGUGUCCAGAUAUAUCAGUUCCCAACAGAUGACGAAGCAGUCAGUGAGAUCAACGCCUCCAUGAACGCCCAUCUGCCGUUUGCUGUGGUUGGUAGCGUGGAAGAGGUCAAAGUGGGCAACAAAACAGUGAGGGCCAGACAGUACCCCUGGGGUGUUGUGCAAGUUGAGAAUGAGAGCCACUGCGACUUUGUAAAACUCAGAGAGAUGCUGAUCAGGGUCAACAUGGAGGAUCUGAGGGAGCAGACUCACGCCCGCCACUAUGAGCUAUACAGACGCUGCAAGCUGGAGGAGAUGGGCUUCAAAGACACAGACCCUGACAGCCAGCCAUUCAGUCUUCAAGAAACGUACGAGGCCAAGAGGAAAGAGUUCUUGGGGGACCUGCAGCGUAAAGAGGAAGAAAUGCGACAAAUGUUUGUGAACAAAGUAAAAGAGACAGAAGCGGAGCUGAAAGAAAAGGAGAGAGAGCUGCAUGACAAGUUCGAGCAGCUGAAGCGGAUGCAUCAGGAGGAGAAGAGGAAGGUUGAGGAGAAGCGGAGAGACCUGGAGGAAGAGAUGAACACCUUCAACAGGAAGAAGGUGGCAGCCGAGACGCUGUCCUUAUCUCAGCCCCUCAAGAAAGACAAGGACAAGAAAAAUUAAUUUAUGGGCGCUGUAUUCCCUCCCACACACGACCAUGGAUUUGUCCUCCAUCACCAUAGCAACGACAACACCUGUUUAUUUUUGUUUGUUUGUUUGUUUGUUUGUCUUUUUUUUUUGACAUUCCAUCUUGACAUUGUGCACAUGGACCAAAGACACUGAGGAUGAUGAUGAUCACGAUGAAGCCACAGGGGAGAAAAGAGUGAAAGAUGGCGAGAGAUGAUGAGGAAACAUGUUCACUUGCCAACAGUGGCCAUCUCAUUUAUUCAGGAUCUUUCAUUUCUGUGUUUGUUUUGGACACUUUUUUUUAAAAAUAUAUAUAUAUGCAUUUUGUUUUUUCUAUGUUGUGAUUUCAAGAUUUUCUGUUUUCUUGUGUUUUACCAUCAACUAUUCACACAGAAAUGACAGGUUAUAACCCUUCAACUCUUUUGAUCUUUUGGUACUACAGUUUAACACACCAGCUUAACAUAUUUGAAACUGUCCAACAUGUAUUUAAAAAAAAAAAAAAAAAAAAACUAGGGUCUGCUUGAUUUCAUUGAUCUCUUCCAUUUAAAUGUCAGUCCUACAAAAUCAAGUCUUUCCGAAAGUUUUAAAAAAAAAUAUCUUGAACUGUUUGAAAUGCUGUCCAAGUGUGGUGUGUCUGUUAACCUUUUUGUAAUCAUGAGACUUUAGAUUAAAUACAUUUCACAUUAUAAUAAGACCCUAUAUCGAAUGAGCCCAAAUAAAUAAUACAUUUAAAUAGCAAUAUGUCAAGCAAUAAAACUGAGUACCUGUAUACUGUAUAUAACUGCAUAUACAUGGGUACUGACAACCUAAAUCUUAGUCUUAACUCGUAAUACAAACGUAUGCAAUAUUCUGGUGCUGUUAUAUAUUAACUCAGUAAAUAUAUGUGAAUAUUUUCUCGAGCUUACGCAGCCUAAUAUGCAAAAUGUACUAAUUUUUGAAUAUGAUAUUAUUGUAAGAAGCACAUAUGACGGUGUACAUUGUCCGUAAGUGAUGUAACUUUAUUGUAAACCAUGUGUGAUCGCCUUGAUGUGAGUCUUGUGACAGCGUACACACAGAAACAUGAAGCCAGUAUAUACACACACACACUCACUCACACACACACACACACACACACACAGGAUGCAGGAAAACAUACAAGCCUCAGCUCGCUGUAGAAGAGUUUACGCUCAGAGAUGGAGACGAGAGCAGCUGUAUUUACUGUCUGUCGUUGGAAAUAAAUGCACCCUCCCCCCUCCCAUCCAUCCUCCUGACUUUGAUGUGUCUCUCUCUCACCAUGAUUUGUUUGAGGAUAUUCAACUGAGAGGGAGAUGAAAGUGAAAUACAGGCAGGUGAUGACACUUAUUCCCUCACACACUCGCACAGAGAUGAUAUGCAGAGGUUUUCAUCUUGAGAUGCAGUGUGUCCUGUUUAGCAAUCCCUAGCUGCAGAGCCGAGUGAUGUUUGCUCAGUCUGCAAAUAAUCCGCCCCGCUUUCGCCACCAUGCUACUGACCUCAGCUGGGUGUAUGUGUGUGUAUGCCCAAGACAGCACGUCUACAGUGCGUGUUUUUUUUUUUUUCUUCCGAGGAAGAAAUGUGUGUGUGAAAAAGAAAUGUGUGAAAUUUAUUGACUUUGUGUGUCUGGAGGAAGUACAGGAUGUGUGUGUCAAUGGGGGAUUAUGUUGGUUAACUGUGUGUGUGUGUGUGUGUGUGUGUGUGUGUGUGUGUGUGUGUGUGGGGGCGCGCGCGCGCGUGUGUGGGGGGCGCGCGCGCGUGUGUGUGUGUGGGGGCGCGCGCGUGUGCGUGCACAAACUGCAGCUGGGUGUUGCUGUUUAGAAACCACAUGGCUGCAUCUCAACACUCAGUGCUUCCACAGUUCAUCUCCCUCUCAGCUUUUUCUCAUUCUAGUCUGAAAACGGAUCAAAUAGUUGGCAACUGGAUAAUGUAUAAUUCUUAUUCAUUUAAAUACUUAUUGGUAAUUAAUAGUAAUAGCUGAAGAUCAAACAAUGAGAAUAAGAUAACAAAUUUUUAAAUAGAUAUGUACUAUUGACACAAAACAAAAAACACACAAAAAAGUAUAGUAAUUUAUAUUUCUAAUCCAGAAAACAUUCAUUUUUUUGUGUAUUAGGCCUGCAACUAACAGUUUCAUCAACUAUUAAUUAGCCAUUUUCUCAAUUAAUUGAUUAAUUUGUUGGUAUGUAGAAAUCAGACAACUGUGAAAAAUGCUCAUCACAAUUUUCGUAGAGCCCAAUGUGACUUGUUGAAACGCUGAACAGUCCAAAACCACUGUACCAUGGUACAACCACUGAAAAGCAGUUUCUUCGUUUGUCAUUUCCUGCAUUAGUAUUUAUUUAACUUCAGAGAAUGCACGAGUGAUUCAUUGAAAACAAGGCGGGGGGGGGGUCACGGUACAGUAUUGAAAUCUUCCGAUAGUAAUGGUUCUCUGUUUACUGUGAAGGCUCUGCCAUCACUAUUAUUAUUCUGUCCACCACUUGCAGGGCUCACUGGAUCUAAUCCAGCAGUACAAUCUGUUCAGAGCUCUCUGUUCUCUCUGUGCCGUAGUACACCAACACUCUAACAGAGCAGAGUGAUAAUGGCUCUCUGACACGCUGUUCUACAUACUGUACAUGCUGCACAUACAGGAGGUAUAACGCUGUGGUCGAACAGUAUGAAGACAGGCUUGCGUGAGAAUUAGGAAGUGAGAAAUGGGGUUUUAGGUAGUUAUAACCACACAUACCACAAUGUAUGGAACAAGUUCACCCUUCAAACUGCAGACUAUAUAGACAUAAAAUGACUUUGGUAAUUAAAGAAGCCCGUUCCCACCAGAAAAAAAGGAAGGCUAGGAAUGAUGAAAACAUAAAUACACCUGGCAAGGAAAAAAUUGUAAGUCAAACCUUUGAUUUACUAAAUCUAAAUUAUAAGAUAGUAUUUUAAUUUGGAUUCUUUGUCAUAUCAUUUCAGAAUUAUGAGACACAAGUCAAAAUGUUGAUUUACCACAACUUUGACUUACAGAAGUAUAUAUUGUUAUAACUGCUCUGUAUUUUACCAGAUGUCAUGUUACAUUGUUUUUUUUUUUAUACAUAUAGCAGUGUCUUGUAAUUCCAUGCUUCAUUGCUAAAUGUUUGACAUGACACAGAAAUAAAAUUAACUUUGAGAGUUAUGUUUCUGACAUUCUAACAACUACUCUUAGUGUACAUAAGUUUAAAAAGCGAGUUUUAUUUCAUUCCACACCUACAUCUUCUUCCUUGUCAAAACAUGGCGCAUACAUUACCCACAGUGCAACUCGACCACCAACAGUUCAGUCAGUCAUAUCCCUCUGCUCCAACCGACGAUGAAAUUUAUAAAUAUUUCACGCCGCUCCCUGUGGAGCCACGAAAAUGAUACGUAUGCAGUAGUUCUCCCCAAGACCCAGCAAACAGAUUUCAAUGUGUGAAAUCUGUGUCGUUCCCCUUUAAAUCUGAUUUAGAAAGUCAAAAUUUUAACCGAGUAUUUCAGCGUUUUGUUCACUGACUUCAAUUUUUUUUUUUUUUUUUUUUUUACCCUUUGUGUUUUUGUCCUGCUGAUAAUGGACUUCCAUAGAUUAAGCUUAACGGCCCUGCACACCCACACAGGUGUUUCCAAUUACCCUGGCUGAUUAGACCUCAGCCAGAAUGAAGUGAUGCCACUGAACUGUGUACGAAGAGUAAUGGCAGUGUUAAAUUGUCUCACCCCAGCAGGUGCAACGAAGAACGGGUGAAUGGGGGAGGUGUAAAUGAAAUGUAGUUUUUAAGUCCUGAAAAGGAGCUCUAAUCAGGCAUAAGUGUAAACACCUGCGUGGGUGGACUGCAGCUCUGUAGGAGCAUUAACACUCUUAAAACAAUCCAUUAGUAUUAAAUGUGAUUUAUAGUGAGACACAAAUCAUGUCAGUAUAAUUUUAUCUCUAUAGGAACAACACAGGAGAGUGUUGUAAACUUCACCCAUUUUAUAUUUUCCCCAUCGAACUUGGGACUAAACAUGGCAACCUUUCAGUCACAGGGAGGCUUCUCCAACCUGCUGCUCCCUCUUGAAAUUGACAAACGAGAAAAUAACACUUUGGACUUUUGGAGUCUUAGCUUUAUUUCUGUCGAUAUAGCUGCCUCAGUAUCAGAAGGAAUAUGAAAGAUAAAAAACAAAAACAUUUACAUUGGUCACUGCUGUAACAUCCACUCAAUCGUUGACUGGAUGAACCUCAGCACACUGAACCGUAGAGAAAACAGACAGUAACCAGUUCACAUUAAAGAUCUCAGUGCUGGCUUCCCUCUGAACACAGUGAACUAUUUCAACUGUUUGGCAGUGGAGGUGAAGUCCCUGUGGACACGCUGCAUGUUCAUGUAAUCAGCCAACAUUAUAUAUAAAGUUUCAAUCGAAACGUGUCAGUAACGUGAUGAAACUGACGACAGAGCUGACAGAGCUGGGUUAUAUUUACAAAAAAAAAAAAAAAAAAAAAAAAAAAAAACAGGAAACUUUUAUCCAAAUACUUCAA